AUGAAGAGACGUUCCAACGAUGGGCUCGUUUGUACCAAGCUGAUAAAAGCUGGGACGCUGACCCUGGUCCCCCUCAAGGCUCCAGGGCUCUACUAUAUCUGCUUCGGUGGGCUCAUAGCGCCAGCACGAGAUUUUAUUGGCAAGGGGGCGUACGUUAAUACGCAAGGCGGCAGAUACGGUAACGCUCUCCAGGCCGCCUCAGAGCGUGGCCAUCACGAGAUUGUCAAACUACUCUUAGACAAAGGAGCGGACGUGAACGCGCAAGGCGGCGAAUACGGCAAUGCUCUCCAGGCCGCCUCAGAGCGUGGCCAUCAUGAGAUUGUCAAACUACUCUUGAACAUGGGAUCGGAUAUCAACGCACAAGGUGGCUACUAUGGUAACGCUCUCCAGGCCGCCUCAGAGAGUGGCCAUCAAGAGAUUGUCAAACUACUCUUGAACAUGGGAUCGGAUAUCAACGCAGAAGGUGGCUACUAUGGUACCGCUCUCAAGGCCGCCUCGUUUGGAGGCCAUCAAGCGACUGUCAAACUACUCUUAGACAAGGGGGCGUACGUUAAUACGCAAGGUGGCGAAUACGGCAAUGCUCUCCAGGCCGCCUCAGAGUGUGGCCAUCAUGAGAUUGUCAAACUGCUUUUAGGCAACGCAGCGAAUGUCAACGCGCAGGGCGGCAAAUACGGCAACGCUCUCCAGGCUGCCUCAAAGAGCGGCUACCACGAGAAUGUCAGAUUGCUUUUAGAAAAGGGAGCGGACAUCAACGCGCAGGGCGGCGAAUACGGCAAUGCUCUCCAGGCCGCCUCAGAGUGUGGCCAUCAAAUGAUUGUCAAACUACUCUUAGAGAAGGGAGCUGACACUAACGCGCAGGGUGGCCGUUAUAGUAGCGCUCUCCAGGCCGCUUCGAAAGGAGGCCAUCAAGAGAUUGUCAAACUGCUCCUGGAUAAUGGAGCUGACGUCAAUGCGCAGGGCGGCCGCUGCGGCAACGCUUGGUAUGCAGCCUCAUUGGGAGGGUAUCACGAGAUUGUGAGACUACUCCAUAGAAGGCUCGCUUUUACAUUGUCUUCAAAGCGGUCCGUCUCUAGGACUGCAAGAACCCUGGCAGAGAAACGUCGCCCUAUGGGCUCUGAGCCUUCUAAUCAAACUUGA